CUUUGUUUGUGUCAUUGUUUGUAUUAUUCAUUUCGUUACAUUGCAUGACAACAUUCAAAAAAGCGUAAGAGGAAGUGGCUGGAUCAUCCUUAAUACAUAUGCACUGCACAAGGGGGACAUGACAUAGUUCAGUUACUUUCAGUGUGUUUUGAAUACCAGCAGUCGGUCUAUUCACUGUCGGGCUUUUUCAGGAAUAACUAGGGGAAACAAAACACCAUCAAGAUGUGGAUACUGAAAGUAAUUAUGUGUAUCUUCAAUGGUGUGAUAUUUAUGGCUGGUGGAGCAGCUGUGCUUUUAGGGAUUUUGGUUGAAAUGAACAGCAAGUAUCUGCGAACUGUCUUAAAUCAAAUCAAAGACUCUCCCCCAGCGCUGGCGCAGGUGGGUAACGUGGGCUACCUGCUGAUCGCAGUAGGGGCCGUCCUGGCCAUCAUAGGCUUUCUGGGCUGCUGUGGAGCCUUAUGCGAAAGCAAGUGUAUGCUGCUGACAUUCUUCGUCAUCAUCCUCAUUGUCUUCCUCGCUGAGGUGGUCGCAGCAGUAAUCAUUUUGCUUUUCCAGUCUACGGCACAAAAGCUGUUAGAGGAUAUCCGUCAAAAAGCUGCUCAGAGUAUCAAGUCCAGCUAUGGUGAAGAUAAACGAUUCACAACGGCAUGGAACGAGACUAUGAAUCUGAUGAAAUGCUGUGGAUGCAACGACUAUAAAGACUUCACUGAGUCCCCAUUCGUAAAAAACAACUCACAGUAUCCUAACAGCUGUUGCCAUGGAAAACCUGCGAAGUGUACCUCCGGUGAAGCAAAAACAGCGAGAGUAACAGGCUGUUUCGAUGCACUGGUUAAACUAAUAAAGGAUAACUCAAGUUGGCUGGCUGGAGUGGCCAUUUGCAUCGUUGCCAUUGAGGUUUGUGCAAUGAUCGUCGCCAUCUUAUUGUACAAGAAUUAGGGCAGUAAACUGCAGGUCUGAAAAUCAGUGCAAUAUCAUAAAAAUCUCUCUGAUUGUGCUGCAUAAUCCUGUGUAUACACAACUGCCUCUACAGACACAUCAGACUUUCAAGCUACAGAAUUAAACAAAUGUAUUUUUGAGGCCUACCAAUGGUUUAUAUGAUUGCUCUCUUGAUAAUCUUGCCAGGAUUCCAUUGGACAAGGUUUUGGUUCUAUAGCUAAUACAUUUUUUUUUUAAUCUGGAA